AUGCAUCUUCUCAAAGGCCUCAUAGCCCUUGGAUGGGUACUUCAAGCCUACGCUGUUGCAAUAGGUCCGACCACCAAUUUGGUUAUCGGAAAUCAAGUCAUAGCUCCUGAUGGACUUAGGCGCUCAGCCGUGUUGGCUGGAGCCUCAGCCAGCACUCUAUCCUUCCCCGGACCUGUAAUUCGGGCUACAAAGGGUGAUACGUUGCAGGUGAACGUCAUAGAUCAAUUGACGGAUACUAGCAUGUUGACUGGAACGAGUAUUCACUGGCACGGCAUUCACCAAAAAGGAACCAGUUGGGCAGAUGGCGUUGUUGGCGUGACUCAAUGCCCAAUUGCUCCUGGCAAGUCUUUCCUGUAUAAAUUUCCUACAGCCGAGCAAGCUGGGACUUUCUGGUACCAUUCCCACUAUUCUACUCAAUAUUGCGACGGCCUUAGAGGAGCUUUGAUUGUUUACGAUCCAGAGGAUCCCUACCGAACUUGGUAUGACAUUGAUGAUGAAUCGACAGUGAUUACCCUUGCAGAUUGGUAUCACAAAGUUGCUCAUUUAGAGCCUAUCCCUACUGAAGCAGACGCUACUUUGAUCAACGGAAAGGGUCGCUAUCCUGGCGGUCCUGCUUCGCCCCUGUCGACUGUUAUCGAGGCCGACUCUCAGAGCGUACAACCUCUUACGGUUAACGAAAUUACCAUCUACGCAGGCCAAAGGUAUUCCUUUGUUCUCUAUGCCAACAACCCCGUCGGAAACUACUGGAUCCGAGCACUUCCCGAUGAAGAUGGUCCUUCUAAAGAUCUAUUUAAGAAUGGAAUCAAUUCUGCCAUCCUCCGUUACAGUGGUGCACCAGCUGUCGACCCAACAACACAGAAAGCAUCUCCUGCCAAUCCACUAGUUGAGGCAAAUCUGCGACCUCUCUACAAUCCUGCCGCUCCAGGUGUUCCUUCCCCAGGAAAAGCCGACGUCAACCUCAAGAUAGGCAUCACUUUCAACAAUACAACCAGCAAGUUUUUUGUCAAUAAUGCCACCUUCACGGAAGUCAAAGUUCCAGUAUUGCUCCAAAUUCUUAGCAAGAAAUACCAGCCCAAUCAGCUUCUCCCUGCCGGAUCAGUAUACACUCUCCCUCCUAACAAAGUCAUAGAAAUAUCUAUGCCUGGUGGGAGUACUGGAAGCCCGCAUCCUAUGCAUCUGCACGGCGUACGAUACUGA